AUGAAUUUAAUAUUUCCACAUAAAUUACCAUCCAAUGCAGAUUCGUUUUACGAAGCAUGUCGUACUGCUAAUAUUGAAAAAGUUCGUGAAUUAUUGCCUUUCUUAACCUAUAAAGAAUUUAAUCGACAAGAUGUGUAUGGCAAUACCGUCCUUCAUACUGCAUGCAAAAGACAUGAUUAUGAUCUUGUUCAAGUUCUUCUACAAUCGGAUUUUGGAAAAAAUCCUUAUUCACACUCAGGAAUAAAUCGUAGUGGACAAACCCCGUAUCAAUGUGCACGUUCAGACAGAGUUCGUUCACUCUUUCUUAGAAUUCCAUCGAUAUCAUCUGAUGAUACUGAAUUCAAGGAUUGGAUUCGCAUUUACGAUAGUGCAACAAAUGCUUCGAAUGCCAUAUUUUUGUUGAGUAUUUGUCAAUCGCGUUGGCCCAUCAAAUCACUAUUAAGAUUUUCAAAGGAAGCUGAAGCGUGUGAGAUAGUUGGAAAAUUCAUCAAACAGCAUAUCCCAAAUGAGAGAAAUCUCAAAGAAGCCAUGACACUAUUCGAAGAAUAUACUCGUACUAAAAAUCCCGAACAUUUACUUACCCUUUACACUAUGGAUUCUGCACUUUACACUGCUCUAAAAAAGGAGAGCAAUGCUUUUACAACACUGCUGUACUUGCAUCUAGACGCAUUAAAACAACGAUGUGUUGAUAAGACAGAACUUUAUCGUGGUAUGACAUUGACAUUUGAUCAAUAUCAAAAAGCUCUUGAAGAUUAUCAGAAAGCCAAGCAAAGUAAGAACCAUGUUUUUGAAAUAUGCGCACUUCAGUCAGCUUCAUUCGAUAGACAAGUAGCUGAGUCUUAUGCCGAUACUGAAAAUGCGUCCAGUUACGCUAUUUUGUUCCAUAUCAAGUUUUUGGAUAAAUGUGCUACAGCGAUAAAUCUUCAUAAUAUCUCGAAAUUUCCAAAAGAAGAAGAAAUACUGCUGUUACCAUUUACAUUAUUUAAAGUGAUUGAUAUUGAAAUGAAGUCAUCUAAAUAUCAUAUUAUAUCACUUGAGAAUGUGCCGGUACCUUCCGCUACAUUCAACAGUAUAUGGAGACACAUUCAAACGUGA